ACCUGUAUUGACAUCGGCAUUUAAUAUAGUAGAGAGGUGAUGAGCUAUAAACACUGUAAAACAACAAGAGUUGGUAAGACUAUUUAAUUGACAUGAUAUAUGACUACUGAGAGAGAAAUAAAUAACAUUUGCAGAGAGGUUUGAAUAGAGAGAAAGAGAGAAGAAAAUGGAAGAUCCUUCUUCAAUAGCAACUCAUCCAGAGGCAGUGAUUAGGAAAUAUGAUGGUGGUGCACCAACAGCAGCUGAUGAGAGAUCUAAGGAAGAAUCAACAAUUAGUUCUUCUUCCAUGUUUUUCAGUUAUGAGAAUCCUUGUUAUUAUUUAGAAGUAGUUCUGAGAAGGUUCUUUAGCUGUUUAGGUCUUAACAGAUCAUCUGAUCCUUCAUCUUCAUUCUCAUCCUCAUCUGAAGAAGAAGAAAAAGAAAAAGAAGUAAAGGAAAAAGAAGAAAAAGAAAAAGAAAAAGAAGAAAGCAAGGAAACGAUUACUGAAGAUGUUCCUCCUCCAACAGAAACUGAAGAGCAAACCACUGAAGAUGUUGAAGGCCCGUUGUUGUUGAGUGGUAGUAGAGCACUUAGAAGGCCUCAAAGACCACCUGUUGGAACCGGAAGACCUCCUCAGCACAAUUAGUAGCCUCCUAGCUCCUAUCUUGAUCAACAAUAACUCUGGUUGUUCUCCCAUUGUGUAGUUCUUUAGAUUCAGUUUCUUUGUUACAAUUAAUUAGGGGUUUCAAUUAUGCAUGUCUGUUAGAUAGAGAGACAGGUAAUACUAGUGACACGUAAAGUAGUAACUGUGUGUGUUUGUUUUGCCAUGGUACCGACACACUUGCCUACGAAUUAUAUAUACUUAAAUGUUAUUUAGUGUUCAUUUCUAUACUAGUCUUCUAGAUUGUAUAUUAAUGUCCAAGGAUGGGCACCACAGCUUAUUGUUGGAUCGUUAGAAACCCUAAUGCUUUGUGCUUGGUGUUGUUUA